CCCCCUUUUUAACCACAAACCGAAUUUUCUUUCAUUUAGGUGAUCUAUAUAUAUCUAUAUCGUAUAGCUUAUAGCUUAUAUCUAUUUUAAAUAACUUAAAGCCGCUAAAAUUUGGGGGGGAACAGCUUUCGCCCUGGAGCGGUGCGCGAUGCUGUCUCACGCCGACCUCCUGGACGCCAGGCUAGGUAUGAAAGAUGCCGCCGAGCUGCUGGGCCACCGGGAGGCGGUGAAGUGUAGGCUGGGCGUGGGGGGCUCUGACCCCGGGGGCCAUCCAGGGGACCUGGCGCCCAACUCCGACCCAGUCGAGGGAGCAACUCUGCUACCUGGGGAGGAUAUCACCACAGUGGGCUCUACCCCGGCUUCGCUGGCGGUGAGCGCCAAAGACCCGGACAAGCAGCCCGGGCCCCAGGGCGGCCCGAACCCCAGCCAAGCCGGUCAGCAGCAGGGCCAACAGAAACAGAAGCGCCACCGGACGCGCUUCACUCCUGCACAGCUCAACGAGUUGGAGAGGAGCUUCGCUAAGACUCACUACCCGGACAUCUUCAUGCGUGAGGAGCUGGCGCUGCGUAUCGGGUUGACCGAAUCCCGAGUGCAGGUCUGGUUCCAGAACCGGCGCGCCAAGUGGAAGAAGCGCAAGAAGACAACCAACGUGUUCCGCGCACCCGGCACCCUGCUGCCCACCCCAGGCCUGCCUCAGUUCCCGUCAGCCGCCGCCGCUGCCGCCGCUGCCAUGGGCGACAGCCUUUGCUCUUUCCAUGCCAACGACACCCGCUGGGCGGCGGCCGCCAUGCCGGGCGUGUCACAGCUGCCGCUGCCACCGGCUCUGGGUAGGCAGCAGGCCAUGGCGCAGUCGCUGUCCCAGUGCAGCCUGGCGGCCGGGCCGCCGCCCAACUCCAUGGGCCUGUCCAACAGCCUGGCGGGCUCCAACGGCGCUGGGCUGCAGUCGCACCUCUACCAGCCCGCCUUCCCCGGCAUGGUGCCCGCCUCCCUCCCUGGCCCCAGCAAUGUCUCCGGUUCGCCCCAGCUCUGCAGCUCCCCGGACAGCAGCGAUGUGUGGCGGGGCACAAGCAUCGCCUCCCUCCGCCGCAAGGCGCUAGAGCACACAGUCUCCAUGAGCUUCACUUAAUGCAGCCGUGCCCCAGCCCGCUCCGCCCCAGCGCCGUCCCCAGGGCCGCCCCGAGGCCCUUUCGGCGCGCGCGGGGACCCCAGCUCCCUGUCCGGGUCUCUGCCCGGCGCCCUAUCCUGUCCCGUCCCGCCCUGGCCUUCACCAGGUCUGUUAAGUCCUUGCCUCUCACCUCCACUCGCUCGGGUUCUCCCCAAGCCCCAGCCUGCGAGGCCUCCCCUCCGCCUGAUUUUGCUCGCUCGCGGCCCCCCACCUCCCAGAGUCCCCGUCCCUUCCCAUCCAACUUCCUCCCUCGGCCGGGUCUGGAGCGCCUCAUCCCGCCCUUCCCGCUACCCGCGCCUCCCGCCCCGCUCCGGCCGUGCUCGCUUCCUCCUCCCCGCCUUCCGACCGGCGGCGUUCCCAGCGACACCUAGGACACGACGCCUAUGACCCCGCUCCCCCGUGCCUACCCUCUGGCUCCUUUCCCCACGCCUCACGCCCCUCCCGCGCCUGGCAGAAAGCAUCCUUCCCGCCAUUUUACUUACCAGGGAGUCGACUCAGGAUCUGAAAUCAGACACCAAUGGACUGGUUUGUGGGCAGAAACACACACACUCCGCUCUCGCUCACGCUCAGACACUUCACGCGCGCGCGCACACUCACACGCACACACACACAUACACCAGUGUUCCUAGGUCAUACACGGACGUGUUCAAGGGACAGCACAAUGUUAGGGAUUUGGGUCUUAAAGGAGGACAAGCAUCUGCUACCAACCGUCUCAUCUGAGGGCCCAAACUGACAUAAUUUGAUUUGUGCUUGUAUUCUUUCUCAAAACUCCUUUCUUUCCUCUCCCACCACACUACCCUUGCCCUAUCUAGUCACACUCAUGCAACCCUCUAUUGGCUUGCAAAAGAACGCUUUCGUUUUAUCUUACUUCUAUUUUCUUAAGCACAAGUGUGUGAGGGUACAGAGGGGAGGCUUCUCAGGAGGAACAUGCCAGUGGACCGGGUGGCUGGAGUAGACUAACGCAGUUAUGUGAUGAAGACGAGGUGAUCUUACCCAUUUUGAUAAGCCUUUAUAAGGAAGAAUAAAAUAAACAUGCAAGCAAAAUUUUCCUUUUGUAAAAGUAAAAGCCACAUCUCUUUUCUGGAUCCUUCAGGACUGGGGUUUGUUUGCUUCCUUUUCCGUUUCUCUCUUCUCGCUGCUCUGUGCCCUUGGUUGUUUUGUGGUCGUCCUGUCGUCUCUUGUGCCCCUCGGCCACCUGCCGGCCGCUGAUGGGUGCGCUAGGACAUCUACAACCCUGCAACUUUGUACAGAGAAACACAAUCAGCUCUUUCUGCAUGUGCUGGUCAAAUCCAAACCCAGAGAACAGAAGCGCUUUCUAAGAAUGAACAAACAUGUGAAAUAGGAUGUUUUGUGUAGAUAAAGCAUUCUUGUUACAUACUGGUCAAUUUGUGAUAUGUUUUAACUUAUUGUCUGUGCUUAUUUAUGGAAUUUGGUUUUCUUAAUAAAUGUUUGAGCUAAUAUAAAGCAUAUUAUUUGACUUUUCCGGACAAGUUUAUAUCAAGUUAAAUGUAAAUGGAUAAAAUAAAAUCAUUUUCAGUAUGUGA